AGGGACUAUAUUAUGGUUUUAUCGCAUCCUAAAAUAUAUGCAAAUUCCCCUGGACGGAUUGGUAAAAAUAAAUAUUUUGAAGUUUGUGGAAUUUGGGUCAGUGCUUUGCCUCCAUGAUGGAAUUUCCCGGAUGUCUCGUAAUAUCUCGUACAUUGAUCGGCGAGAACAUAUGAUGUUGGACGGCACCGGUGAAAAUAUUGUAGUGAUUCAAUACAGUUUCUGUGAAUAAACAAUAGGAAUGGAGGGUAAAAAGGUGCAGCUUUUGUGCAUGUUCCAAAACAACAGACUGAGGUAACCAGUGCAUGUGCUUGCAGACACCUGCAACAUGUCACUGUACGAGGAUCGUUACGAAGCAUCGGAUGAAGCCUCGGAGAAUGAGCUCCUGGAUAAGAGUCUGUCCGUCUGGCGGGGCUGGAGCACAUUUGAGACCAGGGACGACUUCCAGCCUAUUUCUCUGGACCUGCACACGGCUAGUAGCAUAGGGCAGUUUGACAGGGUCAGGGCUUAUAUACAGAGUGACAAGGAAGACUUAAACAGGAAGAACAGAGGAGGAUGGACGCCCCUGAUGUAUGCCUGCUAUAUCGGCCAUGAUACGAUCGUCAACCUCCUCCUAGAUGCCAAUGUCAACGUGAAUGUCAAGAACAGCAAAGGUCAGACACCACUGAUGCUGGCUGCAAGCUGUGGCAAUGAAAGUGUGGGAUAUUUUCUGUUACAAGCGGGUGCUGAAAUGGAGGCACGUGAUCGUAAAGGUUGGACAGCGCUAUUUCAUGCCACGUACGCAGGCCACCAAGAUAUGGUGAAGUUUCUGUUGAAUUCUGGUGCCAACACAGAGGCAGUUGAGCCUAGUCGAGGGAUGACCCCUUUCAUUGAAGCUGCUUCAGAAGGACAUGAAAUUAUUGUGCAAUAUUUGCUUCAACAUGGUGUAAAUCUUAAUGCCAAAACUUACAAUGGGGACUCUGCGCGGUCCCUUGCUCUGAUCAAUGGCCACAUGAAGAUAGUGAGUCUAAUAGACCACCAUGUCAAUCCUUCCGCUCCACUCAGAGCAGACGCAGGACUGAGCCUUAUUCCUGAUGCAGAUCUCAGCUCUUCAGACGAGGCCUUCCAAAAGCCUCGUCCUCCAAGUCACAGGCAUAGUAAGCCAAAGUUAAAAGGGCCCAGUAUUAGAGAUGGACCAGAGGCAAUGGCUAAAAAACUCAAAGACAAGAGGGGAGCCCAGAGUGAGCAUCGCAAUCAACCACAUAUCCCUAAGGGGUAUGUGACCUUCAAGGACGACCUUGACCCAGUUUCCAGGGGUCUUUGUUAUCGUGAUAUGACCUCCCCAAUAAACGCAGAGGAUCAUACACUUGAUAGCUUUGGAGUGAUGGAUGGUGAUGACAAAGCUGACGUAUUCUCUGCCACAGGGGCCCUGACCAUCAAAAGUAGCUCUGGUUCCAGUGGUGGUCUAGCUCAAGCUUUCGGCCUCAGUAGAGAGGAUAGUACAGACAGUGGCAGUGAAGAUCUGGGUCAAGGGCACCAAGGUCACAAAGAUAGAGGUCAAAGUCAAAAACCAGAAGGAGGCCAUCAUGGUCACCAUGAAUCAAAACAUGUUAAAUCUAGUCAAGAACAGGAUGGAGAAGUUGUGAAUCAGAAUGGAGGUAACUGCUCCUCCCAAGAUAAAGCAGAACCAUCUGGAAUUGCUCGAUAUUUUCAAGAGCCACAGGUUUCAAGAUCUGGGGAGCCCUCCCCAGGGAAUGACUUUGACUUUCUGUGUGGUGUUCCUCCACCAGGGGGAGUGGUGCCAGGAAGAGAUUCCAAUAACAGAGCACGCGAUUUGAAGACUUUUCUGGAGGAGCUUCAGCUGAGCAAAUAUCUGAAAGUUCUCGAGGAUGAAGAUGUGGAUCUGCAAGUGUUUCUGUCUCUUACGGAUAAUGAUCUCAAGGAAGUAGGCAUCAAAUUGAUGGGUCCGCGGCGGAAGAUGACCAGUGGUAUAGCCAGGUGGCACAGUAACGCCAGACCAGCCAGAAAUGACCUGGAGCAGGCCUACGCAGACCGCCUGGAGGCUGAGAUGCAGGAGAUGGCCAUACAGCUACACAAGGCCAAUGCUGAGAUCCAGCACCUCCAGGCACAACUACUGCAGGAAAAACAGCUGAGGUCUGUAGCAGAGAACUGCCUGAUGGAGGACCGUGCUGCCUGGCAACAGGUGGUCACCAUGACAACAGAAACCAAGCAACAGUGUCAGGUGAUGGAGGAGGGACUGUUGAAAAUGAGGUUGUGCCAAAAACUACGAGAAAAACAAGACGAACUUGGUCAUACACAGUCAAGCAAAAAGGAGGAAUGUAAUCUCACAAAUUUAAUAGAAGAACUUUCAAUGGACGAUAAAAGCAAAGCUUUAGCCAAUGAAAUUGAAGACAAGUCUUCGGAAGGAUUGAAUCUCAUCAUGGCAACUGCACUGAGUGAGCUUGAAAAGUGUCUGUCAAAGACGAAGAUCAAUACAUCCAAAUUGCUUGGAAGAAGUCAAGAAGCUGUCCAGGAGGAGAGGUAGCACUCGAAAAUGAUAAAAAGUAAAGAGAAAUAUUGUGAAAAAAUGUAUGAUAUAACUGCAGCUGGUAAGAUUAAAUAAAUACAUAAGUCCAAAGUAUUAUAAUAAUGUUAAGUAAUAUUUAUUUUUUUAAUUAAAAUUUUGGUAAAAUAGUUAAAUAUGACUAAAACCACUUGAGGUUGAGAUUGCUUAGGCCUCAUUCACAAUGGUGGACCAACUAGUCUAAGGGUCAAAUAUGGUCGACCGACUCAAAUACUUCCCCAUGAGAUAUCUGUCCAGUGUCUAUUAGCAGAUUAGACAGGAAGCUUUGUAGUGGAUCGCCAUAUUUGACCCUUGGACUAUUUAGUCCACUGUUCUGACUGCGGCCUUAGUCCUCGCUUGUGAGUUCAGCCAUACACUGCUGAAGUUGCAGUUAAGGACAGAUAACAUUUCAGUCAAACUCCAAGUCUUGAAGAUUCCUAACUGAGAGAGAAAUACUAAAUGUUCCAAUUCAUCCAGUAGUGUGGUAUCACAUAAGAGGGAAGAUAGAUUUAUUUAAACCUGGACUCUGAAUUAAUAAAACAAGGAGCCAAUGAUGCUGUUGAAGGUCACUGGCAUUGAUUGCAACAUUGCAUCAUUGCUUUUAAAUUAUUACCUCACAACUCCAGUACUGAAUUUACUUUCUCUCUUAUUAUUUAUUAUUGUUCAAUCCUCUUCAAUAUCUAGUUGAAAUACACUUUAAGUGGAAUAUCCCUUUUAAUCUUAAAAGAUUCUGUGGUCUCCUAAUUAUGAGAAUGUGCUAUGCCAAAGAAUAUUAGUGAUUGAAUUCUAAGAUAAAUGUUAUAGAAUGUUAUUUUUAUAUAAAUUAGUAAUGUGAUGAUAUUUUUGGCUCCAGCGGCCCUAUAAGAUCAUAACUGUAAGCUGAGGAGUAAGCUUUAAAGGAUUUAACAAUUUAUAUAUGUUAAUUAUUUUUGUUAUUUCAGUAGAUGUUGCUCUGCAAUUAUAGUUUGAAGUAAAUAAUAACAUCAGCUAUAACUGCCAAUUUUUUCCUGGACUAAUUACUUGCUUUUAAGCUAAAUUAAAAUAAGUAACUUGUUGGUGGAGAGAUUUCAAUAUGUCAAAAAUGCUAAAAUUGGCAGUUAUUGUGUUGACUUUUUCUUAGCUGCCAAAAUAUAGGAAAUUAUGAGAUUAUGCAUGUUACUGUCCACCAUUAGAAAUGAUGGAAUUAGACAUGAUGGAAACCUUUUCACUUUAAGCUCACUUAGAAUUUUUAGCACCAGAACGUAUCAGACCAGAUCUUCUGUCUCUUAUACAGAAUUAUGUUUAAAUUUAUAAUUUAUUAGGGUUAGUAUAAAAUUGAAUGCUAUUAUGUAUGGAUAAAAAAGUUUCAAAAUUGCUUUUUUCUAUACGACUGCUUGUGGCAUUGAAUUUCUGUUGAAAUGUCAAUGUAAACAUGAUACAUUUCACUUGUUGCACUUUUUUUUGUCAUUUAGAAAUAGUAUAUAUUUUCCUUGAAGCAAGACAUCAAGCAUUAGCUUUGCUUGGCAAUCUCUGUUUUGAUUAUUGAGGUUAGUUUUUAUUUUAUUAUUUAUUUUUUCAGCACUGAGUAGUUAUUUCACAUUCUUGUUCAAAACUAGUCAACAAUGAAUGCCUUUCAAAGCUAUCAGACAUGUUUGUUUUCCAAAUGCAUAGAACUUUUCAAAUUUAUAACUGCAGAGAUGAGAUUUUUCCAACUAUUAGCAGAUUUUGGGCUCUUUGAAUGGUGUUGGUGCUUACAACAGCAAUGAGAUUUUUCUGACUAUCAGGGGAUAUCCGACUUUUUAGAAGUCAAAAAGUCUCAUCCCUGUAACUGGGGGAGAAAGAAAGAAAGAACCUCCACAAUUGAUCGGUAAAUGUUGAGUAUUUGUAUUUGUGAACUGAAGGAAAAAAUAUUAUCCUUCUACUGUGACUAGCUUCUGUAACUUUUACACAGAAUUUUCACUUGAUUAAUCAUAGAUGUAUCUUUAUAAAUAGCAAAUUAAUUUAAGUCAGUUAAGAUUUUGAGUUAAAAAUUCAAUUAAUUGACCUUAUUACACUUCUAAAAUUUCAAAUGGUGUUAAAAAAAGAUGGGAUUAGACAUAGGAGAAGUGUUCUCCAUCAUGUUGCUUUUAUGUUAAAGAUGUCAAUUAUCUCAUGAGUAUGUGGUUUACACAUUUAUAGCACAUUAAUGUUGAUACUAAUUGGGGUUGUAUAUGAAAAAUUGGGCUCAUUCCCUUGAAAGGUUGAACUAUUUUUGAACUAGUAGUGGACAUAUUUUGAUCUUAUACAAGAUAUAAAAUAACAUUCAUGUUUCACAAACAGAUAAUAUAACAAUACUGAUUGCAUUGGACUAUAUUGAAGUACACGUUUAGGUGCACAGGUCAUGCAUUCGACGUAAAUACCAUUGUAUUUCAACUCGUGUCUCUGUUGAAAAUGUAACGCUCACUGUAGUUAUACACGUGUAAAGUAUGUUUACAGCUUUGUAUUACUGGAAGCCUUCACCUAAAUAGCGAAAUGGAGCUUACUAUGCUAGCUUCAUAGUCUUACCUAAAAGCUAUGUUUCAGGACUUAGGCGUGCCAGCGUCUUUUUUUUUAAUUUAAUUUUUUUUAACCUCCACAUGUGCUAGCGGGCGAGUGGGGAUGGACGUUUGAAUAUGAAAGAGCUGGACAGCGUAACUUCUGAAUUCCGGCACCAUUUUUGUAUGUGUGAAGAGAUGACAUAGAUUACCUUCAUUUUCUCUCAUAAGAACCAUUGUUAGGAAUUUGUUUAGAUUAUUUAUUAGGAACACUGCUGUAGGUUAUCAGCUUUGCCCCGCAUGGGAUGUAAGAGCGUAUUCAGAAGGAGUUGAUCCGCGGACUAACUGAUCUGCGAAUCGGAUAUGGCUGACCCACUUACAAGCAAUGACGACUAAUCCCCUGAUGGUCUUCCCGCCCCCAGACGCGCCGUCUCGAGCAAUUAAACCUCGUGGGCUGAGAUUUAAUCCGUUUAAUGGCGCGUGUGGAGGCAGGGAGACCAUCAUUGAAUAAUGCGGCUUGCCUUAAAGUGGCGUCUGCCAUAUUUAGUCCGCAGAUCAGUUAGUCCGCGGAUCAUCUGUUCUGAGUGCUAUUUUUAAGGAAUAUAUAUGUAUAUAUGUAAUUGUUCACAAUCACUGUGUAGCCGCAUGGACAAGCCUUGUCUCUAACUGGGUCUCUGGUGCUCGUGGGCCAAGA